AUGCCGACGCAUAUAACAGAAAUUAAGGAACCAGUAUCAGUGAAUGAAGCUAACCUGCUGGAGUCCCAGAGCACCAUUGACUGUACAUCAUCUGAAAGGAAAACAGCUAUAAAAGAACAGGAUGAUGAAAUCGGAUCAGAUUCAACAACGACGUCGUCAAGUUCACUUCAGGAGAAUAAUUCGAGUUGGCAAAAUCCAGACUAUUUCAGUUCAAGUUUUAAGGAGUAUAUCUUCGUAGCUACAUGUAUGAUUGCAAAUCUAUUGAAUCAAGCUGGUCAAUCGCAAGUUCUAUCGGCAAUGAAUGUCAUUUCUGACUCGUUCCACUCUUCUACAGGUGGUCAGACGUGGUUAAUGGCAUCAUUCCCAUUGGUGUCUGGUUCAUUCAUUUUAAUUAGUGGUAGGUUAGGUGACAUAUAUGGUCUGAAAAGGAUGAUGAUUGGUGGAUUCAUAUUUAUGAUCAUUUGGUCUUUAAUAUGUGGAUUUACAAAUUACGCCCAUAGUGAUACCUUCUUCAUCGUAGCUCGUGCGUUCCAAGGUUUAGGUAUUUCAUUCAUUUUACCAAAUGUUAUGGGUCUUGUAGGGAACAUUUAUAAAGUUGGCACACUAAGGAAAAAUGUUGUGAUUAGUUUAAUUGGUAUUAUGGCACCUACUGGGUCAUGCUUCGGUGCUCUAUGGGGUGGUCUGAUAGUAACUGAGAAUCCAAAACAAUGGCCUUGGAUCUUCUAUGCAUACGCUGUUGCUGCAGCCGUUUGUCUUGUUAUGGGAUAUUAUACAGUGCCAGAUAAUAUUCCAACAAAUGUCAAUGGGUUUACUAUGGAUUGGAUCGGAUCUGUCUUAGGUGUUAUUGGUUUAAUUCUUUUCAAUUUUGUUUGGAAUCAAGGUCCGAUUGUAGGAUGGGAAAAAGCCUAUAUUAUUGUCUUAUUGAUCGUUUCAGUUAUAUUUCUAAUUGCUUUCUUUGUAUACGAGAUAAAGUAUGCUAAAGUUCCAUUAUUACCCAAAGCUGUCACUCAAAAUGGCCACAUUUUAACUAUCCUAACUGUUCUGUUCCUUGGUUGGGGGUCAUUUGGUAUAUGGACAUUCUAUUAUUUUGCAUUUCAAUUAAAUCUAAGAGAAUAUUCUCCAGUCUGGUCAGGUGGUACUUUCUUUGUCUUCAUUAUAUUCGGUACAGUCGCAGCAACUACCGUGGCUCUAACAAUUAAAAAAGUCGGACCAGCAAUCUUAUUAUUCUUUUCAGCAAUCGGUUUCACCUGUGGUUCAAUAAUAAUGAGUGUUACACCUGUUCAUCAAACAUAUUGGCGUAACACUUUUGGUAUGCAAAUUAUCUUAGUGUUCGGAAUGGACCUUCCGUUCCCUGCAUCUUCAAUUAUAUUAAGUGAUUAUUUGCCAAUGCAAUAUCAAGGUAUGGCCGUAUCCUUAGUUAAUACAAUUGUUAACUAUUCUACGUCAUUAUGUCUCGGUAUGGGUACAACGGUGGAACGCCAAAUUAAUAAAUCUGGUGAUGAUCUGCUAAAAGGAUAUAGAGCAGCAUUAUACUUUGGUGUUGGUAUUGCAGGUUUAGGAGCAUGUAUAGCAUUUUUAAACGUGUGCCAUGACAUUUGGUCAAAACGGAAUGCAAAGGAUCCGAAAGAUUUACAGAGAUGUGGGACAGGCUCGAAUAUAUGA